AAUGUCCGAUCUUUUGAUUAUUCAAUAAUACCUAUAUAAUAUAAAUAUUUAUAAUUUGUAACCAAAGGAAGCAAGCUCCAUUGUGAAUAUGUACCUAUUUAAUCAUCUGCUGCUAAAAUCAGUAAAUCUUGGAGUUGUUAAUUGUAGCAAUUUUUGAUACUUGUUAUUUUACUGUAACUGAAAUACCUUGGUAUUCAAAAAUGAGUAUAUCAAUGAAUAGUAGUUUAAAAUUGUUUAUUUUUUCAGGUUACACGUGAUGAACAUUUAUGCCAAGCCUGCUGGACACUUGCUAGUGAAUCCAUUAAUUUGUCUACACUGUCACAACCUCAAGUUGGGCACCGCCAGGUCUGCGUUAACUGUGGCAGAUCUUUGUUAAGAAUUAGAUCUCAUCAAUUAAGGAGAGAUAAUGACAGGGAAUCACACAUUUUUAAUGUAAUACAACAAUGGAACUUACUUCAUCAUGUGACAACAUCAAGUCUUAUUUGCCAUCCUUGUUGGUGCCGGGCUGACAGAGCGGUUCUAAAUAUAGAGUCUAUGCCAGCAACAAGGAAUACUUUGAUGGACAUUCAUCAAAAUGUUCAAUCACCUGAAGUAUCUGAGACAACAACUCUGGAUACACAAAUCCAACCAUCACCAAUACGGCGUAUCCAUUGCAUAAACUGUGGAAGGGCACUCCAACGUAGCCGCUAUCACUAUCUCAGUAGACGCAAUGAACGUGAAACAAGAAUUUUAAAUGUGAUAUCUAAAUGGACAAUCCCUCAACAGGUGACUUCUUCAACGACGAUUUGUCAUGCUUGUUGGGUUCAAGCUGACAGGGUAUCCACAUCUACUGAAGUUAUUUAAGAGAGCAAUCCAGAAGUCAAUCGUGGGAAUUCGUUAGAAAUACUUAUUAUAUCAUCCAGCCAAUAAACGGCUGACUACAGUGAAGAUUUUAUAGAGUUAACGAAAAAAGAUCCCGACUCAUUUGUCAGAUUUUAAUAAUAUACAAGACAUAGAAGACCAUUUGGUUAAUUAUUGGUUGGGUAUUUCUAAACAAGAAUUUAUAGUGUUGUUAAAUCAAGUAAUGAGAUUAAAUAAAAUGCAAAAAGGAGCAGUUGCCUUUGCUGUUUACCUAUUAAAAAUGAGAAUUGGGGAUUCAAAUAGGAGAACAUCGUCUUUAACCAAAAUUCCUGUACGCACAUUGCAGUCCCUUAUAAAAACAGCAAUAGAUAACUAGAGAAGAAAUUGCAGAGAGAAAUCUUGUGAUACCAAAUGGUCUCUUUGCAAAUUUUUGUUGGCACAUAUGUUUAUGUUCAAAAAAGUUGUAAUAAUUUAUAUCAAAAACGAACAUAGUCAUUACACAAGUACCGCAAUUUGAUAAAAAUGUUCUUGAUUGUGUCAACAGAUGGUCAUAUUAUUGAUGUUUUAGGCCCCUAUUCAGCAACAACUCCUGACAUUAUGAAGACUGAAUUAAGAGAAAGUAAGCCCUUAAGAUGGUUCUAUAAUAGAGGUGAUGUAUUUAUUGUGUAUAGGGGCUUUAGACAUUGAAUCCCUUUAUUAAAUGAAGCAGGCUGCGAAGCUCAAAAUCCUGCAUCUGUAUGAGAAGGUGAAUUUCAGCUCACUAAAUUAGAAGCGAAUAAAAGUCGCGCUGUGACGAUAUGCAGAUGGAUAGUGGAGGUGGUGAACGGCCGCUUUAAACGCAACUUUAAAACCUUUAACUAAGAUUUUUUUUAAAUAUAAAAUAUUUUAUUUCAGUAAAUCUUUUACAGUUCAUUUGCCGAGGGCUCCCAGAAAGUAAAUCAUAAGAUACUUGUGUUGGGAGUUCAUAAUACGAGGGCGACACUGAAAGUUUUUAAAACUGGUCAGUUGCAAAGGAUAUAAUAAAAAAAUAAGUUCAAAUUUUGAAAAUGGAAUUCUUUGCCAAUAUUAUUGUGUAUGUAUUUUUAUUAAUUUGUCAUUUGUUUACGAUUUGGCGGCAAAUUGAAAAUUGUCUGUGUCACGUCAGCAUGAAUUAAACGCGAGAAAAUUUUAGUACAAUGAUUUUUUAUUAGUUACGAUGUCAUUUAAGUCAACAAGAAAGUUAUGAUAGACUUUGAUUGGCAUUUCACGAUGAUGCCCCAUUUCGUGGCACAGUUUACAACUGGUUUAAUGAGUUUAAACCACUGGUCACUAAUCUCACCGAUGAUCUGCGUGAGGGUCGGCCUUCUACGGCGAGGAUUGAAGAUAACAUCAGUGUUGUGCGGCCUAUGAUAGAGACUGACAAAAGAGUGACUUAUCAGCAGAUUCGGACAAGCUUAGACAUCGGUAUGAGUCAAGUGCACAAAAUCCUCCAUGAACAUUUAGCGGUGAGGAAGCUUUGUGCCCGGUGAAUACCUCAUAAUUUGACAGAGGCUCAAAAACUCCGUUGUGUUGAUUGGUGUCAUGAAAUGGUUCAAAAAUUUAACGGAGGUGACUUAAAUGCUGUGUUCGACAUACUUACGGGUGAAGCAAGCUGGAUUUAUUGUUAUGACCCUGAAACUAAGAGAUAGUUUGCUGUCUGGGUGUUUCCUUCCGAGGAGUUGCCAAUAAAAGUGAAGAGAGGUCGAAGCGUGGGAUAAAAUAUGGUGGCCUCGUUCUUCGGAAGGACAGGUCAUUACGCAACAAUUAUUUUAGAGGAUCGAAAAACAGUUACUGCAGAGUGGUACACUAAUUAUUGUUUGCCACUUGUCUUUGAAAAAGUUCGGGAGAAACGACCCCGCAAUAGGAUCCUCCUUCACCACAACAGAUUCUCGUCGUACACCACCAAGCAAACAAUCUACUACUUGGCGACGUCAGACGUGAAAUUACUGGGUCACCCGCCCUAUAGCCCCGACCUCGCAACUUGCGAUUUUUAUUUAUUUCG